GUGGACGCUUUGACCUAGAAUCAUUCAUAUAAUAAUUGGCAACAUCAUUAUUAAUAAAUAUUAAAUAACAAUAAUACAUUAAUACAGUUAUAUAGGAAUAUAUAAUUUUAAUCGAUAUCGCUAUUGUUGUCGACUGUCACAACUUGUAAUAUUUAAAGAUUGGAAAUGGGAAACGCGAGUCAACAAGACGUCUGAUGACGAUGACGAUAAUCACGAUCGGUUUGCGUAAGUGAUAACAACAUAAUACUGCUGAGUGCAGCCUGCUAAUAAGGCGUCCGUCGACAGUGUACUCAGUACAGAAUUAAUAUUGAUUACGGACAAAUUGUCGCCGUCGCAUAUUCGUGGUCGUUGUUCUCGUUCGAAUCGUCUACUUACUCGAACUUUCUCUGCAGUUCGGAUUGUUUUUUGACACCAAAUUCAGAAAAAUGUCCAAACCCAAAGUGUACAUCAUCGGAGUUGGCAUGACCAAGGUAUACAAUAUCCGUCUAUUUAAUUUUACCUAAACUUGUAUUCGCCCGAAUAUGUGUCGUUUAAAUGUUGGUUAAUACCAUUUGUGUCGUUUAUUAUGAUGUUAGGUACUAAUACUAUUAUAAUUAUUUUCUUAUUUGUCGGCUGUUGAUAAAUUUCAAUUUCAAUUUUUUCUUUCUUUGUUAAGAUAACGAAUCCAGUGUAUAAUAGUCUAAUUAUUGGAAUAUAACAAACCAGUGUAAAACUUAUGGAAGUAUUUACUUCAAUUAUGAGCUGAAACAGUUUAAAUUUUUUGAUUUUAUAACCAUAAAGGUUUUGAUAUUUUUUUUUUCAAUACCCAAGCGCAGUUUAUGACACAAUAUUUCAAUAAUUGACAUGUAAAACUCUAGUAAAUAUCACAAAAAUGUAUUUUAUUAAAAUGUCCAUAAUAAAUUCUAUAAAAAUUAAAUCAAACUUUUCAGUGUUUCCAUUGAGAUUAUACAAAUAGUUGCCUUGAAAAUGUAUUAAUAAUUAUAUUUUAUAUUUAGAACUUUUUUAUGACCAAUGUUUAUUAAAAUCAAACAAUCAAAAUAAACAUUUUAUUAGGUAAUUAAAGUUAAGUAUUAUUAUUUGUUCAAUUUCCUCUUUGAGAUCAUUUAAAAUACCUAAGUACCUAAAUAAAAUUAAAAAAAAAAAAAAAAUGUUACAAGCAAUUUUUUCUUUGUAAUUAUUUUGCUAUAAUUUGAACAGCCUUAUGCCAAUCAUCUCCACAUCACAUUCACUUAUUGUAUUACGUGUAAAUACAGAUUGUAAAUAUAUAUUGUUAGUUAAAUAAAUAAAAAAAAAAAAAAAAAACUAUAGGAAAUCCUCUUGGUUAAUACUUUAAUCUAAUUAACAAAUAACUGCUCAUACUGAUCACCUGAAAUGGGCAACAGUGUUUAUGAUGUGUAUAAUAUUUAUUUUAUAAAUACUAUACACGAGUUCUUUCCUUUAUUUUGAUGUAUAUGUUAUCGUUAUCAAAGAUCUAAAUUAAAUAAUAAUGUAAAUGUCUAACCAAUAUCAUGAAUGCUUAACAUUAGUAGACGGUAUUGUCAAUACGUAUGUAUUAACAGACAAUAUUAUUAAUUUAUAGGCUAUGUUGUAAAAUUCAAAUAUUUUGUUAACAUCUAUAAAUAGGAAAUUUUAUUCAGCGAAAUAUUUAAAUUGGGUUAGAAAUUUAAAAUAACGCUACAUAGUAUUACAUAAAUAAAUUAAAUUAAAUUAUUUAUUUUCACAAUUGUGUUAUGGAAUUUUGAGUUGCAUAAAAUAUUACUUUUUUUUACAACAAAUCUUUAACUUUUGGCUUUGUCUUACAAAUACAUCUUUGUAAUCCCACGAUUCCAUAGCCAGCUGCCUCACAAAUGGUAAUUUUAUUUUUAAUGCCAGUCGCGAUUAUCUUUUCAAAAUUUAAUAUAUUUUCAGGACACAAAAUCAAUUGUGAUCUAGUGUACUUAUGUUUUAGCAUUCUAUAUUCUGUACCUAUGUGGUAAUUUUAAUUUAUUUUAAUAAUUAAUUUUGACUAUAUUUAUGUAAUUUAUACAUAUCAGCUUCAUACGCAACAAGGACAGCCAAAAGAUUAAGAGGCGAGCCACAAGCUCUAUCCACAUUAGGUAUAGCAGGUCUAAUAAUAGUUCCUAAUUAAAGUUCUGUCACUAGAAUUGUUCAUUAUUGUUUGUGCCUAAUUUUGAAGAUUAGUUAUAGCUCUUUGUCUAUGAUUAUUAAUUUGAUCUUUGUUUUAAUCUAAGAUAUUACUGACUUCCAAUUUCUUACUAAAUUCUAAAUUAUUAAAUUAUAAAAUUUCAAUAAUAAUAAUAAUUAUUAUUAUCAAAAUUUAUUAAUUAAUAAAUUAUUUUAUUAUUCAUUUUUACCUAUUGUUAUAAUAAUAUUUUCCCCUCCAUUGCCAUUGUACAUAUUCUUUAAUGUUUUAUUUUUAAAUAUCUUCUUUCGAUUCUAAUUUUAUAAAAUUCGAUAAACUAGAAAGUGGUUGGCCAAUCAUUACUUUUUUUAUCUGACAUCCAAGCAGCUAAGAUAGCUUAAAUAUAGGCUGUUCAACCGACCCUUAGCUCCGACUAUGUUGUGAUUUGUCAUGUAUAAUUUUUAGAUUGCACCAUAUUUCAUUAUGAUCAUAAUAAAAUUGAUAAACUCUCGCCCUUUUUAGAAUGCAAAAUUAAUGGUCUAAAUAUAUAACUGAAAAAAAAUUAUUAAUAUUUAAUAAAUUUCUUUUUAAAAAAGAGCUAUUUCUUCAGCACAUUUUGAUUUUAGACAAUUUAGAUUUAAAACUUUGAAAUUUUGUCAUACAUUUUUAGGUAUUUUUAAAUUUAUAAAAAUUAUUAUUUAUGACAUUCACUGGUGUUGCCUUACACUAAGGUUGUUACCAUACCUUGUUUUAUUUAAAAACUCACAUUUUUUUUUUUUGUAUAAAUUAAAUGGAAUACCUACAGAUUUCAUAAUAUUAAAAUAUACCUAUAUGUAUUAGGGUGAAAAAUAUUUAUUUAUUUUAUUUACUAAUUGAUGCUUUAUUAAAGAAGUAUUAGAGUUAGCAAAGAAUUUUAAAAUUGUAUAAUGUUUAUGUAUUGCCCUAAAGUUGUUAAAGUUAGUCAUAGUUCAUUUAUAGCGAGACAUAGAACAAAAUAAUGACAACAUUUUUAAAAAUAAUCUUAGUGUGGCAGUACUUAAUGUAAAAAUAUCAAAAUUUUUAUGCAGAUAAUACCUAAAAAACAUGCAAUUAAAAUGUGCAAAAACAAAAUUUCCUUUAUAGGUACUUCUAAUUUUAUUUUUUAUGAUAUUGUUUAUUAGUUGGUGGCAUUAAUAAUUAAGUACCUAUUAUAUUAAAAUAUAAAAUUUACAAAAAAAUUUAAUUUAAUGUACAUAAAAUAAUAAUAAACUGACAAUAUGUAUACAACAUACUUUACAAUAUUUGAUUAAAAUUUAUAAUCAUACAUUUCCAAAUUUUUUUUUGUAAAAUUAUGUCUUCUCUCACUUAAUAUGUGUUUUUACUGUGUUAUCGAGCAUUGUUUGUAACAGCUUAUUAUAGCAGGACCUUCUUUUAAUUAUACGUCAUUUCCAUUUAUUUAUUUCAUUUAUGUAUAGUUUUAAAAUAUUGUAUCUGGGAUUUUUAUCAAAUACUUAUUUGAAUUUUUCAUAGAGUAUUUGUCCCUUUUCAUUCUCAAUUGUUUUAAAUCCAUUUCUUACUGUUUCAACUAUAUCUAUUUGAUAAUUUAAAGUAAAAUUUUGUUUUUCAAGUUUUGUAAUUGAAUUUGUCAACUGGGACAAAUGUGAUUGAAUAAAUGAUAAAUCAUCUAUAAUAGAUGUAGUACUCAAAGUAGAUUUUACUUUUUUGAAAUAUUGGUUGUCAUCUUCUAUAUUAGUUAUCAAUUCUUUAAAUUUACUGAAAUUUUCAGAAUAAAACAAAGCAGCUUCUAACCAUGUUUCCCACUUCAUUAUUAUAGGUUCUGGAGGAAGGUGACAGUCCAAAAAAUUGUGAUAAGCAGUUAUAUGGUGAUGAGCUUUUAAAAUCAUUUUUUUCACAUUAUUUACUAGUUUAUUUAUUUGUGCCUGAGAAAAUGUCUCUAACUUUUUCGGCCACACAUUCUAAGCCAUGAGCAACACAAGUUAUAUGAAUCAUAUUAGAAUUAAAUAUUUUUAAUGCUCCUCCAGUUUUUUAUCAUAUAUGUCGAGGCAUUACUGAUAAACAGCAGAAUUUGUCUUGAAAUAACAUGUUUCCAAAAAAUUCCAUUUUAAUGAUAAUUCACAAAAUGAGAAACUCUUCUAUAGUUAGUUUUUUUCAAUUCUUUGCAAGAAACCAGAAAUUAAUUAUGCAUAAUUUCUAAGGUACUAUCCCAACAAUUAAGCUACAUACAGCCCUCUAAAAUCUGUACCAUAAUGUAAAUGAAAUUGAGUAGAUUCAAAACAUAUUUUUAAGUCAUUUUUGUGUAAUAUACUGUCAUCUGGAAUAUUCUGAUUAACAUUUUUUUGUAAAAAAUUAUUAAAUGGUGUUAACUGAAGUUUAUUGAAAGGAAUAUUUGUGGCUAGUAAGGCAUAACGCAUGUCUGUUAAAAAUUUGUUGUUUAGACUAGCUAUGGCUGAGGUGGUUUCUGGUAUUAACAAUGGUAUAAAAUUAGGCUUAUUCUUUUUAGUAUCAGACAUUUGUUGAUGUACAGCUAAUAACAACAAAAACAAUAAAAAUAAUUGUUAAUAAUUAUUGAUUACAGUAAAAUAUUAGUGUUACUGUAGGUACGUACUUGAAUUUCAAUGUGCCUCAACUUGUGAUUUACAUUCACAACCAAUAGCCUUAUUGCAAAAUGUAAUUUUGCCUUCUGUUUUCAAUUCUUGAUAUUUUUUAAUCCAACACUUUAUUUUAGGACAAUGACUACUACCAAUUUUUAAAUUAAAUAAUAUCAAGUAAUAAGUAUCAACUAUAAAAUUGUUGUAUAAAACAUGACUUGACUAUGACUGUUGUGGAUAAACUGUGAUACUGUAUGUGUAUAUGUAAUAAAUAAUUUAUCAACCAUCAUAGUAGUCAGUAUAUUAAUAUCUUAUAUUGAUAUAUAUAUAUAUAAAUAUAUUAUUAAAUAUAAAAGUCCAAUACUUCAUAUAACAACAUAAUAUAGCAAUGAUAGAGUAGAUAGAUGAUAAUAUAAUAUAGAUUAUACAACAAAAAUAUUUGUACAAAAGUACUAUUUAGUACAUUUUUAUAAAUUAAUCUACAUCUCUUUAUUUUGAUUUGUAGCUUGUUUCUAUAGAAUUUAGAACAUGCCAUACAAAAAUGCAGUUGCAUGGGAAUACGGUCUUUACUCAUAACAUUAGUGUGUGUAUAUAUCAUCCAUCUAUUAUAUAUAUAAGGAUGGACAUUUUUUUAUUAUUUUUUUUUUCCAAAAUGAGUCUGGUGUAUACUAUUUGAGAGCAUUUUUAAUAAUGUAAUAUAUACUAUAUUUAUACAUUGUGUUCUUUUAAAUAUUUUAGUUUGAAAAACCUGGACGCAGAGAAAAUUUUGAUUAUCCUCAAAUGGCAGUCGAAUCUGUAACCAAAGCUUUACAAGAUGCAAAAAUCAAUUUACAAAAAGUGGAUCAAGCAUGUGUGGGAUAUGUCUAUGGUAAUUAUAGAUUUAAUUAAUAGAAAUAAUAAUAUUUUUAUAACAAUAUUUUAACUCUACAGGUGACUCUACCUGUGGACAGAGGGCUUUAUAUGAAAUUGGUAUGACUGGAAUACCUGUUUAUAAUGUAAAUAACAAUUGUUCAACUGGAUCUUCAGCCUUAUAUUUGGGUAAACAAAUAAUUGAAUCUCAAAAUGCUGAUUGUGUAUUAGUAUUUGGUUUCGAAAAAAUGGAAUCUGGGUCAUUGUCUUCCAAAGUAAAAUAUUAUACAUAUUUACUUUAGAUAUAUACAAGUAAUAAUUAAAUGUUAUAUUGAUUUAAGUUUUUUGAUCGAACAAAUCCAAUGGAUAAACAUGUGACUUUAAUGGGUGAUUUAGUUGGUUUGGAUGCAUCACCAUUUACUGCUCAACUUUUUGGAAAUGCAGCUUUAGAAUACAUGAAGAAAAAUAAUGUGAAACCUGAAACUCUUGCUAAAAUUGCUUACAAGAACCAUAAACAUUCAGUGAAUAAUCCGUGAGUAUUAUUCAAUCAUACUUGUUUUUUUAUUUAAAUUAUGUAUUAUUUUAUCUUUUUAACUUUGUAUCCAAUAAUGUAACAUGGUUACAUUUGAAAAAAUUAUUUUAGAAAAAUAGUGAUGAUCGAAUUUUUGAUAUUUUUGAAGUGCUAUUAGAAUAAUAAAUUUAUGAUGAACUUAUAUCUAUUUUCAACAAAUUGUUCAAAUCUGUAUAAAAAGAUAGAAAAAAUUGUUCAGGUUGUUUUGAAAAUUAUACUACCAUUAGAAAAGAUGAAUAUAAAUAUUCCUUGAAAAUUUCAGGUUUCUAUGAUAAUUUUAAACUCAAAUUACAAUAAAAAAACAAAAUCAAAAAAUGAUGAAUCUGUUGCUAUUGCUCUACAUUUUUUUGAUUUCUCUAGGUUUUUCUCAAUUAUUAAGAAAACUCCAAGGAAAAUUAAAUAAUGACCUACUCAAUACAAUUUUCUUUUACAAAAGAUACUUCACUUAAAAUUGUAGCAACUAGAAAAUAUUACCUAUAAGAGAACAAAAAUAUUUUAAACUGAUAUUUAUGACUAGGGCAUGAAUGCUGUUGCAUUUGCAACUUUUUUCAACUUAUUACUAAAUAAUUUUUAAAUACAUUUCAAUGAGUACAAAUUCAAAUCUAGAAGUUUUAAAUGCAAUGUUUUGCAAUUUUGUUGAAUUUACUCAUUUAUACAACUAUUUUAGCUAUAGUCAAAUCACUAUAACUUGUGGGCAAUCAGGUACUUAAACUGGGCACAUAUGCUCUGCCCUGGUAUCGAGUAAGGACAGCCCAGGCUGGUGUUCUAAAAAACCUAAGAAUAAAGUGUUAUAUUUGUGCAGCCUAGUUUAUUAGGUUAUACAUUCUGUGUUCUCUCAAAACCAUUCCCCAAUUACAGCUUUGUAACAAUAGAUUAGUGUUGAUGAAAUUUGAUUCUGAUACUGAGAACUAAUACUAAUUAACAUGUUUUUAAACCCCAUAGUUUUUAAGAUUUUUAUCAAAUUUUGUAUUUAACUCUUUGAUUGGCACCAGUAUCACCAGCCAAAUUACUUCCUUUAUAUCACCACUAACCCCACAUAUCCAAUCUCUGGUUCAGUACAAAGCCACAAAAAUGAAUUAUUACACCAUUAUUUCAUCAUCUUUAUCAUGUGAUAGAUCAUAUCAUGUGUUUAGAACUAAAAAUUCAUCAUCAGGUUUAUCACAGUCAAAAUGUAAAACGUGAUAGAAUUCAUUCAUUUACUUAUUUUUUAUUUUAGAGUCUGAGCUUAUGGUUUUACAAAGAUGUUGUUUUUCAUGGACAACUUUUCUACCAUAGAUCUUGCUCCCAUUUUUAAUGAUAGCAAUUAUUCUGAAAGGAAAUUUCACUAUGAAGGUACUUUAAAAAAGGAAAUUUUUUGAUUUUCCAAAGAGUUUUCUUAGAAAACUGGUAUAAAACAUAGGAAAACCAGGAAAAACGUAGAACAAUUGGAAAAAUUGGUAUAACAUAAGACAAAAUGUAUAAAGAAUAUUUAAUUAUUUUACUAUAAAAUGACAUUUAUAUUGUUGACAAACCAUCACUAUCAACUAAAUUGGUCAGAAUUGUUUUUCGUAAGCAAUGGUAUAUCAUUGCUUAUAAAUAUACAUUAAAUUCUCGUCUAUAACCUACCUUCCCAACUUCCCACCUAUACCAGUGGUUGCACCCAUUAUCUUACCUUUUUUUAUUUUUUAUUUAUAUAUUUACUUACUAUAUUUAAUUAUCAUAUGUUAUUUAUAAAUUAUUAAUUAAUAUUAAUACAUUUAAUGGUUUAAUUCGUUUUUAGUUAUUCUCAAUUUCAAAAAGAAUAUUCAUUGAAUGAAAUUAUGGAGUCUCCUAAAGUAUUUGGUCCAUUAACAAAACUCCAAUGUUGCCCAACAUCUGAUGGAUCUGCAGCUGCUAUUCUUGCUUCUGAACGAUUUGUUGUACAAAAUAAUCUUCAAGAUCAAGCUGUUGAAAUUAUUGGCAUGGAAAUGGCUACAGAUCCACCAAGCACAUUUUCAGGUAGAACUUGUGUGCAAAUUGUAAGUAAAUCAUGAAUUUAUAAUAUUUUUAUUUUUAAAAUUAACUUUUGUUUGUUUAUAAUAAAGUAAAUAAAUGUUCUUGAAUAGGUUGGAUAUGAUAUGACUAAGUUGGCAGCUGAUAAGCUGUUUAGCAAAACAGACAUCAAACCAAAAGAUGUUGAUGUAGUUGAACUGCAUGAUUGUUUCUCUGCAAAUGAAUUAAUUACUUAUGAAGCAUUGGGUCUUUGUGAACAAGGAAAAGCUGGAGAAUUUAUUGAAUCCGGUGCAAAUACGUAUGGUGGACAGGUAGUUGUGAACCCAAGUGGUGGUUUAAUAUCUAAAGGUCACCCAUUGGGUGCCACAGGCAAGUAAUAUCAAUUAAUUUUUUCUGCCAAUAAAUUAUACUAAUUUGACAUAUACGAGGGCAUACCCCAAAAAAAAACCGAACUAUUUUUGUACAAAGUUAUUUAUUUAAUUUUUUUUCAAAAAACAUUUAAUCUCUUUCAAAGUACUCUCCGUUGGAGUUAAUGCACUUGUCCAAUUUUCAAAGCACUUUUUAAACUCAUCUUUUGUGAUGCCUGCCAACGCCUCCAUUGUUUCUUUUUUAACUUCAUCAAUGUCUGCGAAACGCUUUUCUUUCAUGUUCCUUUUCAUUCUGGGGAAUAAAAAGAAGUCGCAGGGAGACAGGUCGGGUGAAUAGGGUGGAUGGGACACAGUGGUCAUAUCAUUUUUGGUCAAAGAAAGGGCUGUGUGAGCAAGAGCAUUGUCGUGAUGAAAAAACCAGUCUCCUGACUGCCACAAAUCAGGUCUUUUUCGCCUCAAACUGUUGCGUAAUCUUUUUAACACCUCUAGGUAUAAUGCCUGGUUAACUGUCUGACCGGGUGGAACAAACUCCGAAUGGAUGACUCUUCUUACAUCAAAAAAACAAAUGAGCAUUGUCUUAAUGUUUGACCUCACUUGACGAGCUUUUUUAGGGCGAGGCGAUGCUGGAGUCUUCCAUUGGCUCGAUUGUUGCUUGGUUUCAGGAUCAUAUCCAUAGCACCAUGAUUCGUCAUCUGUAAUGACCUUGGAAAAAAAGUUUGGGUCAUUUUGGAAUUCUUCUUUCAAAGAAGAGCAUGAUUCCACGCGGCCUUGUUUUUGCUGCUCAGUUAGCAGUCGAGGAACAAAUUUUGCAGCCACCCGUCUCAUCCCCAAAUCUUCACUUAAAAUUCUUUGUACUGAACUGCAUGUCACACCAGAUCUCUCCACUACUUCUUCGAUGGUUUGCCAUCAAUCUACCAGGAUAAUUUUGUGAAUUUUUUCUACAUUUUCGUUGGUUUGCGCCAUCGAAGCGAGGUUGGUCGUCUAUCGACAUUUCAACACUUUUGAAAUGGGAAAACCACUCAAAUACUUGAUUUUUCCCUAAAACAUCACCUUUGUAAGCUGUUUUCAACAUCUCAAGGGUUUCUGUGCCUGUUUUCCCGAGCAGGAAGCAAAACUUGACGGCCGCGCGCUGUUCACGCAAAUCAGCCAUUACAAAAACGAUGAAUAUGAAAAAUAACUUUUAAAAAAAAUAUCAUACCAAUGUAACACAACCUUCCACAAUGACAGCCAUUGGCAUAUUGAAUGUUCAGAAGUAUAUUUAUUCCCCCCCACUGGAAAAACAUCGGUACUAUUAAAACUCUGUCCCACACAACAUCAGUUCAGUUUCUUUUGGGUAUGCCCUCAUAUAUCUAAAAUAAAAAUAAAAGUUGAAUUUGGGGACUGAUUGUUGGUUGGCAGUUAAGAAGGUAGAAUACAUGAAAUUGUUUAAUUUUUAUCUGUAAGCAACAAUAAUUCAUUGAUAACAAAAACUAUUCUGAGGAAGUUCAUUACUCAUAUCUUGAAAUGCUAUCAUUUUACAAGUUUUGUCAAAAUUAAAAUUGAAACUCUUUAAAAAAAAAAAUACUACAUCACACUAAUUUUUUUUUGUUAUUACCAAAUACAACUUAUAAUGAAGAUUGUGUUAUAUUUGUUAGUUCAAACUAUGUAUAUCUAUAAUACAAUACUAUACUACAAUACCUAUCAAAAAAAAAAAACUAAACAAAAAAUUCUAAAAUGUAAAAUAACUAUUAAUAGCUCAAAAAUCUGGUGCUUCGAAGUUAUAGGAGCUAAAAAAGGCAAAAUCUACAAAAACAUAAUGUCAUUAUUAAUUUGUACAAAACAGAUAAAGAUUAAAUUAAUAAUAGACUGAGCUGAUAAGAAAUAACAAUAAAUAACUAUAUUAAAUACAAUUUAGUUUUAUAUUCAAUAUUAAUUAAAAUAUGUUGGUUAAGAAAAAUUCAAUUUUUUUUUAGCAAAUAUUAAAUAUUCAUAAUAUGUGUAAACCAAUGGAAAUCUAUGAAAUAUUCACUUUUUCUCAAAAACUUAAAAAGAAGUAUUUUAAAUGUUCAAUUUUUAAACUCUUUUGUAUAGAAAGAAUUGCUACCUUAGUCUAUUUUAAAUCCAAUGUACUGAGUGAUCCAUUUAAGUGGGUACAUUCAUUAUCUCAGAAGGUAUUAACUUUUUUCGAAAUUUAUUUUCUAGAAAAUUUAAGAAACAAGCUGCUCUACAAUUUUAUAUUUAUGUUAUUUUUGGGGUAAAACUCUACUACCUAUUUUUGAUUUUCAAAUGGCAAUCUAUAUUAAAAAGUCCAUAAAUAGAUUGAGUAUUAGCUAAAGUAAAUUUUAGUGUUAAAAUUUUUUUCUAGCUGUCACAUAAAUGAUACUCCAUUACUCUCCUCCAACCCAAACUUUAAUGUAAAGUAUCAUCAACAGCUUGAUAGAAAUCAAAAAUGUCAACACUAAAAUUUAUUUUAACUAAUAUUCCAUCUAUUUAUGGAAUUUUUCAUAUAGGUUGCUGUUUGAAAAUCAAAAAUAGAGAGUCAUUUAAUACUCCCAAAUAUUAGUGUGCAAAAAAAUUACAUAAAUAUAAAAUGGCAGAGCUGCUUGUUUCCAAAAUUUUCUAUAAAAUUAAUUUUCAAGAUAAUGAGUAUCUUAUGAUAGAUUGAUCCCCUGUAUAAGAUUUAGUUGUAAAAUAUUUUUUUUUUACAAAAAUCUAUAAAUUAUUCCUUUUUUUUUUAAUCUUCUAGGAAUAGCUCAGUGUAGUGAACUAUACUGGCAACUACUUGGUAAAGCUGAUAAGAGACAAGUUUCUGGUGCGAAAAUAGCUCUUCAACAGAAUAUUGGUUUGGGUGGUGCAGUAGUAGUGGCAUUGUACAAAAAAGGAUUUCCUAAUUUUUCACAGUAACAAUAUUUUUUAUUCGUAACUAUUCUAGAUGGAAUAUUAGUUAAAAUUAACUGUAUCAAAUUGACAUAAGUGUUUGAUUUUAUGUUAACAUUUAGAACCUCCCAAAAAGUGUCAAUUAAUCCAAAAACAGAUAAAGAUCCUACUGUAUUUAAAGUUUACAAAGUUUUCAAAAUUCUUGAAGAAGCUAUGUUGGAAGACAAAGAAAAUCUUAUUGAACGAGUACGCGGUAUAUAUUGUUUUAAAGUUAUCAAUAGUAGUGGAAAAGAAGGCAUGUGGAUUAUUAAUGCCAAAACUGGAAAAGGAAGUGUUACAUUUUAUGGAACAGGUAAUUUAUAUAAAUUUAAAUCUCUUAUAUCAAAAACUAUUCCUAUUUUAAAAUAUGUAUUAAAUAAUAAUUUAUUGGUUAUAGGCAAACCUGAUGUGACAUUUACAAUGAAAGAUGAUGAUGUCGUUGAACUUAUAUCAGGAAAAUUGAAUCCUCAAAAAGCAUUUUUCCAAGGCAAAAUCAAAAUUCAAGGAAACAUGGGGUUAGCAUUAAAAUUAGUUGAAUUGCAAAAACUUAUGAGUCAUAAAAUAGCUGAACUAAGAUCAAAAUUGUAAACUAUAUAUCAUAUACUACAUUUAUAUGAAGCCAUCAAAAUAUUUUUAACUAAAUUUAUUUAAAUUUAAAAUGGUUGAAUGGUUUAAAUUUUAGUUUUAAUGUAAUAUCAUCGGUUAAAAGGCUAUUUGGUGUAAAUGUCACAAACUCAAUUGUUCAAGACUGCCAAAAACGAUUUUGACAUUUUUUCAAACUUCAAAUUGUUGUAAUUAAUUGGGUUUUAAUGAUAAAGUUAAAUUUAUUUAAAUAAAUAUAAUACUACAUUACACUUUAGGAAUAACAUUAUUUUGUUUUAUAGUUUAAGGUUUCAGAGUAUUUUUAUAAUUUGAUUUAUUUAAUAUUGCUUAAAUAACAAAAACCUAAUAUAUAAACCACAGCAAUAGCUUUGCUAUAGGUAUAGGUAGAAAGCAUUAUUAAUUGUAUUAAGUUUUAAAAAAUAGGCAUCUUUAUAAUGUUACUGAAAAUUUAAUGUACACUAGAUAGCACUAGUUACUUAUAAGUUUUUAAUAUGGCUGGGAUAAAAUUUUUUUCUACCGAUCACUAUUCUAGAACACUGCAAUCAUUCAAUUUAUAGCAGUGCUUACUACAUGUAUCUUACCAAUUUUAAUUUACUUCAUACUGUGUUCAUUCCAUCAAUAUGAUGUAAGCCACAAAUAUUGGUGUGUAAAUAACUAUAAUGUUGUGCAAGUCAUUCACACCAUUUUUGUGUAGUGCAUACUGCAUUGAUGUUUACUGUUUAAAUUGUCACUUACAACUAAGUACAGGUAUAAUUUAUUACCGGCUUAUUAAUGUCGUACAAUUAUGAUUUGGGGAAGUAUCAAUCAUAAAAUAAAUUUGUUAGAAUGUCAUUCUUAAGGCUAUAUGAUCAGUGUCUACCUCAAAUAGCCUUUUAACCAUUAGUAUAAUAAAUUUAAACUUAUAACUUAAUUACAAAGCUUUCAAAUUAAAAGUACAAAAUCUGAUAUUUGAUUUAUCAAUAGUAAUUAUUGAAUUUAAGAUAGUUUUAAUAAAUAUAACAAAAAUUAUGGCGUGAAAAAAUAUUAAUGAUUUUCAAAAUGGUUUCAUAUAAACAUAGUAAUAGUCAUAGGACUUGGACUUUAUGCAUUUAAAAUCCAUAGAAAAUAACUUGAAAAUAUCAAAAUAACUGAAAAAAAAAUUUAAAAAAAGCAAAAAUAACAGAGGGUCCAGAGAAGUUUAAAACUUCCACUCCCAACCACCUGGUUACCAAAUGCAAUUAUCUAACAUAUUUAAUUUUAUUUAAAAUCUUGUGUUAAUAAUUUUCGUAGUGUUCGAAAAUUGUAUUUUAUGACCAUUAGAAGGGAUUUAAAAAUACUACCAUCUUUUGUUUUUACUUGCAUUUUCAAGAAUUUUGUGGAUUUUAAAUACAUAAGGUUUUGAGAACUUUUUUUUUUACUUUUUGUAAACCAUUCCAUGUGGUAUUUAUUAAAUUUUAUGUGGUUUAGGAUUCAAUUUAUAUGUAUUUUAUAGGGUUAUAGGCAUCUACAUUUUUUAUAUU